AAAGAAAAAGAGCGAAUUGCCCAACUGUUCACCUGUACAUAUUUUUUUUAAAAUCCACUUUAUCAUGAGGAUAAUUAAAAAAAAGAAAAGGGAAAAUCCAUCUCACUGCAUCUAUACUAAUCUGUGAAAAAGCAAACCCAACUUGUAGCUCCGCGCAGGCAAAAUGGAAGGAGACGAACAGGACGACGAGGUCGGAAAGACAAACAUGAAUGACCCCCAUGAUGGUGAAAAGAGGCAACAUGAGGAGGACGCCCUUUUCGACGAUAUCAUCCCACAGAGGGAUUAUAGGCGGAUAGGCACAAAUGUAAUAAAUGAGCAAAUGCUAAUCGAAGAAAUAAACAAAAGUGGGGGGUCCCCUGGGGGGAGGAACCUCACUGAGGAGUUUAACCACGCCAAGGUGUUGUCCCUCGAAAAUAGGAAGAUUCUCCUCAUACAAAAUAUUGACCUUUUUAGGAGCCUGGAGGAACUCCGCCUGGACAACAACCUCAUCGAGGAAAUCGAAAACCUGGAAGGACUCUCCAAUCUAAAAAUCCUAAGCAUAUCCAACAACAAAAUAAAAAAAAUAAAAAACCUCAGUCAGUUGCAGAACCUGUCUGAACUAAACCUCCACAAUAACCUAAUCGAAAAAAUAGAAAACUUAGAAAAUAACGUAAAUUUAAAAAUCCUAAUUUUAAGUAAAAAUAGAAUAAAGCACAUGGAGAAUGUAACCUACCUGAGGGUUUUAAAAAAAUUAAAAUUUCUCAACUUGAUGGAUAAUCCGAUAUGUCAAGAAGAGAACCUCCUCAUCCAAGUGGGUUCUACUUUGUCUACUCUAAAAUGUUUCAACAAUGUGCUCAUAACGCAGGAGAGUACAUAUAAACGACGAGGGGUUCCUUCCCAAUCGGCGGAGUGUUACCAAGGUGGGGACUCCCCUGUGGAAAACUCCCCCCAGGAUAACUACUCCAACAACCAUUGCGAUAAUUACGAAAAGAAAAUCAGCGAAGCGUACUUGUCUAACAUCACCACGCUGGACCAGGCCCUCUUUGACAAAAAAAAGGAGCCUUCUGUUUUUCUCAAAAUUGGUUACUACUCCAAGAUUAAGGAGGACUUUCUGCGUGACGUCCGUUUGAUGAAUUCCACCCUGAUAGACCAAAUCCUCCAGUUGAACGAAGAGCGCAGCAAAUGCUCCCGCACCUUCGAAAACGACGUGGAGAACUUCACCUCCCAGUAUAUGAAGAACAACAUUGCGGCGUUCAACCAGCUACGGAAGAGGUCCAAGCGGGUCGUCCGUGCCCUGCUCACCUUCCUGGGUUGCGAAAAAGACCCCCCUCCCGUGGAGCUCAGGAAAUGCCCAGACACGUAUAAAAAAAGGACCCAGCCAAGUGACCACAAAAUGCUUAACGAUACGAUUACGAGGAAAGUUCAAAACGUCUGCGCAGAUUUUCGUUUCAAGGGAGACAAUAAUGAGGAGAUUCCCCAAGGGGGAACAACACCUUCCCAAGAGGAUCAACCCCACCGGGUGGGAACCUCCGAACCGCCUCCUGACAACCCCGAGGGGAAGCAGCCAAAUGGGAGUGAUACCCUCCUCCUUGAGGAAAAAAAAUACAACAUUAUAAAAAAGUAUAUAGAAAAAAACAUGGAGGAGAAUUUCCUCUUCAGGGACAAGCUAAUAAACGACGAACUAGCCAAUAUGGUUUCCAUAAAUAAUUUUCUAGAAUGUUUUAAAAAGGAAGUCUCUAAAAUGAUAAAGCUCAUAAAUGACCAUAUAUCAGAUUACUUCCGUAAAUUGGAAGAAUUGGAGGAGAAUUUUAACUCUAGAAUUAUUAACUUUUUUGCCGAGGUGAAGAAUAAUGAGCAUCCCUCCGUCAGGCUCAGCGAGGACGAAAUAAACGAGUACUACGCAUACAAAGGCAGCCGCUCAAACAUCCUGAACAACCUGGAGGACUCCAUCUCCAGCAGCUACAACAAAGCAGGCACCUUCCUCAUCGAGGAAAAAAAGAAACACUUAUUUGUCAAGUCCAGGGAUCGCAUUUCGGAGAUUGAAAAAAUUGUCGAUGUGUCUAACGAUUUGUUUUAUUCCUACCUCAGCAUUCUGCGCGUCCGUGUUGAGUGA